UUGUUGUUGUUGUUGUCUCUUCAGUAUUUUUCCUGAAUCUUGUGAGAGAUGAAAUUGUAUCGGAGAGUCUCGUUUGCUUUUUUUUUUUUUUUUUUUUNUCUCUGGCACAGUCGUUAUCGCUGGUGAAUAUUAGGUGGUUGUCGUUGGCCAUCUUGAAAUUGGUGAAUUUUAGGUCGAUUUUGUUUUUUACUUGUUGGUUCAAUUGCGUGUCGUAGCUCGUUUCGAUUCUUAUGGUUUGCUUCAGGUUGGUUGUUCUUUGUUAAUGGGUUAUCAGAAAUUAAUAAUCUUUAUAUUUAUAUAUAAAAAUUGGACUUAGGAGUUUGUUAAUUAGGGGCUUAUGAAUGUCUUCUGAUAGCUUUUGACAAAUUAUAUGAUGUCUUGGGAAGCCGAUUUCUAUAGGACUUUAUGGUUACUGUCCACAAUUCAAUUUUUUUCUUUUUCUUUUUGGUCUCCCUUUACAAUUGAAAAUUUUGGUAUUUUCAGUAAAACUUGGUUCGGUUUCGAGUAGUUUGGCUGCUGCAAAAAUGUUUUCAGGAGGCAUCAUUAUUACUGGUUUUAUCUCAGUGUCUCUACUUCUUCAUUUGAUUAAAGGACAGGCUGUGUCUUCUGGAAGAAGAUGUUAAACAUUUUCUUCUAAUCUUUCUCUGUUAGGUAUACAUAUAUAGGAGUUAAUUUGGUAUCGCAUUCCCUAGUGCUCUCUGGACUCAAACUGUUAGGUUCAUGGACACCCUAACGGUGUCAACGCAGUUAUAGACUUCAUCAAUAGUUGGUUUUUGCAGUAAAAAAAUACUCUGAUAUUAGCAGCUUCUUAGUUCUCUGCUAGACUAUAUUGUACAAGCUUCUAGUACUGAUUUUCUAUUCUCUGUCACUACUGCUUUGAGGCAGCUUUGGAUUCUGGUCAAGAAUCUAGAUAUGACCACAAGUAUCCAAAAGCGUUCUGAUAAAAUGUAUAUUACUUAAAAAAACUCUAGAUUCCUUCAUACCACCUACUUCCAAAAACUAUAGUAUAUUUUAAGUAAUGAGCAUAAACACUAAUAUAGAUCAUACAUAUAUAUUCGUAGAUUCUUGGGACAAUAAUUCUCUGGUUAAGUGAUGAGCAUAGACAAUAUUAUCGGUCAUACAUAUAUUGGUAGAUUCUUGGGAUGAUAAUACUCUGGUUUCAUUUACCUUGUCACUUUGAGCAACAAUGGCAGCACUCAGCGUUGACUUUCAAAACUGCUUCAUCAUAAUCCUCCUAUGCCUCUUCUCACUCCUCUGCUACUGUUUCAUCUUCAAGAAACCUAAGUACUCACGGCUUGACCCCUAUGGCUGUGAUUUGCCUCCAAGCCCUCCAUCACUUCCGAUCAUAGGCCAUUCUCACCUUCUCCUCUCUUCCCUAGCUCACAAAUCUUUACAGAAACUCUCAUCCAAGUAUGGACCUCUCCUCCAUCUCCGCGUCUUCAACUUCCCUGUAGUCCUUGUCUCCUCGUCCUCCAUGGCCUACGAGAUCUUUAAGGCUCAUGACUUGAACAUCUCGUCUCGCGACAACCCCUCAAUCGACGAUUCCAUCUUGAUUGGAUCUUCUGUCUUUGGUAGUGCUCCUUAUGGAGAUUAUUUUAAGUUCAUGAAAAAGCUCCUGGUUACUAAGCUGCUCGGACCACAGGCACUUGAGCGGUCACGAGGCAUCCGUGCGAGUGAGCUAGAGCGGUUUCAUUCAAACCUUCUUGAUAAAGCGAUGAAGAAGGAGAGUGUUGAGAUUGGUAAGGAAGCAACAAAGAUCAUCAACAACAGCCUCUGGAGGAUGAGCAUGGGGAGAAGUUUUUCAGAGGAGAAUGGUGAGGCUGAGAGAAUCAGGGGAUUGGUUACUGAGUUAGAUGGCUUGACAAAAAAGGUUUUGUUUGCAACUUUGCUGCGCAAGCCCCUUGAGAAGCUUGGAAUCUCUUUGUUUAAAAAGGAGAUCAUGUGUGUUUCCAACAGCUUUGACGAGGUGCUGGAGAGGGUUCUUGCGGAACAUGAACAGAAACUGGAUGAGCAUCAAGAUAGGGACAUGGUCGAUGUGUUGUUGGCAGCUUGUGGAGAUGAGAACGCAGAGCAUAAGAUUUCCAGGAACCACAUCAAGGCGUUUUUCGUGGAGCUUUUAUUUGCAGGUACUGAUACCUCAGCACAAUCAAUUCAGUGGACAAUGGCAGAGAUCAUUAGCAACCCCAACAUUUUUGAGAGAUUGAGAGAAGAAAUUGAUUCUGUGGUUGGAAAAACAAGGCUGAUUCAAGAAACUGAUCUACCAAAGCUCCCCUAUUUGCAAGCGGUGGUUAAGGAAGGAUUGAGAUUGCACCCGCCAUUGCCUCUCUUUGUAAGGACGUUCCAAGAAGGGUGUAAGAUUGGAGGUUUCUACGUACCAGAAAAGACAACACUUGUUGGUAAUGCGUAUGUUAUGAUGAGAGAUCCGAAUGUCUGGGAAGACCCUGAGGAGUUUAAACCAGAGCGGUUUCUACCUUCUUCAAGAUUAGGACAAGAAGAUGAAAGACGAGAGCAAGCGCUUAAGUACAUUCCUUUCGGUAGUGGAAGGAGAGGCUGUCCUGGCUCAAAUCUGGGUUAUAUCUUUAUUGAAACCGCAGUUGGAUUGAUGGUGCAAUGCUUUGACUGGAGGAUCAAAGGAGACAAGGUUAACAUGGAUGAGGCUGGAGGACUAAACUUGUCCAUGGCUCAUCCCCUGAAGUGCAAUCCUGUUCCUCGAAGUUAACCUUUACUUGCUAAUCUGCGAUGCCAAGUUCGUAAUUUGAUCAGAUGUCUCAGAACUCGCAGACAAAGAAGGGUCCUGAAUUUCGUUAAACUGGUAAGAAAAAAAUGCUCUAAGUUGUUAUUGUCUCAGUUUCUACCGAUUUGUUUAAUUUCCUGGGUUAUUUGAUAAUCAUGCUUUACUGUAUGGACUAUGAAUUGUAUGUACAUGGUUUUGUAUGGAAUUUUCCAUUUUCUGAAUAUAAAUAAAUUAGAAACUUCUCUA